CAUUCAUCAGUCAAUGGACAUAUGGGCUUUUCCCAUAAUUUGGCUGUUGUUGAUAGCACACUGUUACUUGUUCUUAAGUGUGUGGUACAGUUUUCCAGAGAAACCGUCUGGGCCUGGAGAUUUCUUUCCUGAAAGUUUUUAACAAUGAUAUUUUAGAAAUAUAUGUAUGUUUUUCAGAUUACCUGGGUGGUGGUUUUUUGUUUUUUUGGUUUUGUUUGGUUUUGUUUUGUUUGGGUUGAGCUUUAAUAGUUUGUGUCUUUCAAGCAAUUGUUCUGUUCCAUCUCAAUUACCAAAUGUAAGUGCAUAGAUUAUUUGUUAGAAUCCAUUCAAAUUCUCUGGAUUCUGUAACCUAUUUCAUUCUGGAUAUUGGUAAGUUGUGUCUUUAUUUUACUUAUCUUUCUUUUUGUGUCAGUCUGGAUAGAAAUUUAUGAAUUUUAUUGACCUUUUCGAAGAACCAGCUUUUGGUUUCAUUGACUAUCUCUAUUCUUUUCCUGAUAUUUGCUCUAAAUCCUGUUUUUCUUAUUUGCUUGCUUUAUUUUUAUGUCCUGUUUCUAGUUUCUUAAGGUGGAAGCUUUCAUCAUUAACGUGGGUCCUUUCUUCUUUCUAAUACAAACAUUUGAUGCGGUACAUUUAACACUAAGUACUGCUGUAGCUGCAUCCUGCAAAUUUGGAUAUGUUGUAUUUUCAUUUGCAUUCAGUUCAUCUGAUAAAGGGUUAGUAUCCAAAAUAUUUUCUAAUUUCCCUUGAGCCUUGCCAUUUGCACCAUGGGAUUAUUUAGACAUGUAUUGUGUAAUUUCCUUGUGUUUGGAGAUUUUCCUCUUCACAUUUUCUUACAUAUUGGGUUUUUUUUUUUUCUUUUGCUCAGGCAACAUUCUCUGUAUGAUUUCAACUAUUUUAUAACUUCUAAUAUGUGUUUCGUGACCCAGGAUGCAUUCCACCUUGGUGAAACUUCCAUAUGUGAAGGGUUCUAUACUUGUCAGUUACAUCCAGGUAGUUCACAGUGUUGUUCAGUUCAUCCGCAUAUUGCUAAUUUUCCUUCUAUUCCUUCUGUAUAUGACUGAGAGAGUGUUGACUUCUAUAACUGUUAGUUGUAGAUUUGUUCAUUUAUCCUUCAGUUCUGUCUGACUUGGUUAUAUAUUUCGAAGCUUUGUUACUGGGUGUUGUGCAGAGAAGAGUUAACAUAGUAGGCCUGAAACUACUGUGCUUACAAACAUCAGCAUGUUGGGCCUUAUCUUGCAUCCGGGAACUUGAAUUUCAGAAGGUUUCCCACCAUUCCCUACCUGAGCAGGGUGCUUUAUUCUUCCUAAACUGUCCAAACAAUAUGUUUCAUGUUAAACAUCUAUGAAACAUCUCAACACAUAGACAUCUAUGAAAAUACUUUUCUUUCUGGGAAUCUGAAAUCUUGGUCUGUGCUGGGCAGACAGUGCCUACGUGACCAGCCUCCAUCCCAAACCUCUGACGCUGUGUUACUCACGAGGUGCCCUUGGUAGACAGCAUUUCACAUGAGUUAUCAUGAUUUGUUGCUGAAGGCACAAAUUGUGUGACUCUCCUGGGAAAGGACUCUUGGAAGCUUGCACUGGUUUCCUCCAGAUGUUACCCAGGGCACCAUUUCCCCUGGGCAAUUUUGCUUUCUAUCCUUUUGCUGUAAUAAAUCUUAGCCCUGAGGAUGACCUUCACGUCCUCCUGGGGAUGCAGCAGAAGCAAGGGUGGUCUUGGGACCUCCGAAACCAUGGUGGCAGCCAUGGGACUCACUAGCAGGGAAACCCUGACUCACUAAAAUAUGGUGGAAGACUUUGCGUAAAGAAAGGAUGGCACGGUAGAGAUGAUAAGCUGCUUGUGCCUCAGUGACUAUGGAUGUGCCCACGAUAUGAAAGAGCAGCUGAGCUGUUCUGAAAGGAGAAUCACGUGUGCCCGCUAGGAUUACCCUUCCUGUGUGUGUGCCCUGACCAGCCCGACACUGCCUCAGCCUGGAAGACUUUCAGGUCAGGUUCUGCUUCUCGACCGGUGUGUGCUGUGCCUGAAUUUGUGCGUCAGGCCAGCUAAAAAGAAGGCAUGAAAUGAAGUGUGUCCCUUGGACAAGAGAAAAGAUGGAACCACCAGUCCAGCCACCACCACAACCCCCAAACCCGAACCUCAGCCAGAGGCGUGGACUAGAGUCCCAGGGUUCUGGCAUACUUGCUCCAUGCUGACAUGUCCCUAACACAGGGCACGGUGUGACUGUCUUUUCUGCAGCCUGGCUGUUGAGGAGCUCAGCUGUGCUGGUAUAUACAGUUUUAUUACCCAAACACUCAGACUCGCCUCCCUCCGCCCUAAAAUUCGGAUUACACUCACACUGGAUUCCCGGGCAGACCCUGCCACUUCAGUCUCUCUCCUUCAGCCUCAAAUUCCUCCUGGUUAAAGGCAAUAAUCCUGCCUACUCAAGGUUUGUUGCGAGACCUCCAGGAGACAACAAAUGUAAAACACCUAGCUGACAUUAGCUGGCACAUGGAAGGCGCUGGAUAAGAAACAGCAUUAUCUGUUUCGCUUCUUUAAUCCACAGCACCUGGAAUGCAAAGGUCUGGGUCCUUCUGGCCACACACCUCCCUUGCUAGCUUCCAGCUCUUUGACAACCUUUGUCUUCAGCUUGCUGUCUAGACCAAGGGCCAGGUGGAGCUGUGAGCAUGGACCACACCUCCAUGGAUCCGCUCCGGAAAUGCAGCUCAACACUGAUUUCUGAGUCUUCCCCGAUGAUCUCUGAAGAGACCUCCCAGGAAGUCACGGCAGCCUCCUCUCCUUCCUUCUCGGAACUGCUUAUGAUGGGCCUGGGUGACCUCAAAACCAGUCCUGGCACCAAAUACCCUGCCCCUCUUCCAGAGGGGCUGCUCCAGCAGCGCUACAGAGAUGAGAAAACCCUACAAGAGAGGCGGUGGGAAAGGUCAGCGUCCCCUCAGAGGAAGAAAACCCUUCUGGGGCACAUGAGACGGCGGCACCUCGAUCAGGUGGCACCUUAUCGGGUGGAGAGGAAAGCCAGGAUCUCCUCCUCAGGUGAUAGAGAUCAGAACAGAUUCAGAUGCGAAUGUCGAUACUGCCAGAGCCAUAGGCCAAAUGUCUCUGGGAUGUCUGCAGAGAGGAAAGGGGCCCCCCAUGCUUCCUCCUGGGAGACACUGGUACAGGGCCUCAGCGGCUUGACCCUCAGCCUGAGCACCAGCCGACCUGGCCUGCUGCCCGAAGGGGUGCUCCAACAGCAGGAAAGAGACGAGAAGCUCCAACUGGAGAUGCAGCAGGAAAGCAAAAGGAUGUUUCAGAGGCUCCUAAAGCAGUGGUUGAAAGAAAACUGAGGCUCUCAUCCUCACGUGGCGCAGGUCUGAAUGGCUCCAGACAUGAUCCUGAGCGUGGAUUUCUUUUGGGGACCAACCAGUAAGCAGUCGUCAGAGAAGUGACAAGAGCAGCAUUGAUGACUGAAAAUUCGAUCGGCGUGAGCCCUCAUCCAAUCCCAGGAAGGUUCUGUCUUUCCUACCUUGAAUUUGUGGAUCCCUGUGGGGCUUUCUAUGGGACACCGCAUACCCCAGGGGUCCGUAACUUCCUUAUUAUGGCUCCCGUGAUGCAUGUUGUCACUUUCCCACCCCGAACUCUGCCUCUCCUCCCUGCCUUGUUGUCAGUACGGUAGAGAGCUUCUCUGUAGCAUGAAUGCCCCGUUGAUGAUGGCCAUGUGCUUUUGUGCCAUUUCACGGACUGCCUCCCAGCAGCAGCACUGGUCUGCUGGAAUGGACGUGUACUGAACGGAGAUCCACUUUCAAGAGACUGACGCUAAAGGAGGUGCAGAAAGGGACAUGGAACUGGAACUUGGUGGUUCGCUAUUGUGUUGUCUGUGUAAGCCGUUAUGAGUAUGCUGAGCUAAAUGUAGAACAUUGUUUCCCUGCUUUAUAACACGGAUGGUAUUCCCCUCGAAGGAAUUUCUGACCCGUUACCUCAUCAUCCUUGCCAAAUAAAUAUACAUAUAAAAAAAACCUAA